AAACAAAAGAUUGUAAACAAAAUGUGCAGAAAGCUUGCUGUCAGUGAUUGUUUACGACAUUUUUGUGCAAAAAAUGUGUGAAAAUUUUAAUUUCAGUCUAUGUAAUGUUAUUUUGUACUGAAAAAGACCAACAUAGCAUUGUGAAAAAUGAGCGACGAGCUGAUGUCAGACAGUGAAUCAGAGGCAGUUGAUUUUUCCGCCAGCGAAGAUGAAUGGCUUCCGGAAACUGCCCAAAAAGGGCGCAGCACCAAGUCAACAACAUCCGGUGGGGUUCAGCUCCGGGAAUCCUCGGAAGACGACGAGGAGGACAGUGAAGCUAGCGAUAACGAUGAUGUACCGAGGAGGAUUUCUAUAAAGAAAACCGCCAAUUCCAUCAGGAAACCUCGAGCUGCACCGAAACCUAAAUCAGCAUCGGCCCAGAAGAAGAAACAAGCUGAUUCCGACAGCAGUGGAGACGAGCAUUUUGUCGACGCAGAUCAGUUGGACCUGAACUCUGAAUUCUUCAGCCAAGCUCCGGUUGUGCAACCUUCCGGAAAUGUACCACAGUUUAAUUGCAAUGCCGGGGUACGGUUAUCGGAUUCCUCUGAAGAAGAUGAGUCCGAUAAAGGCGAAUCAGACAAAGAGGAUUCGGCUGGGGACAGGAAUCGAAAAGCCAACAAAGAUCUCAUCGCAAAGAUUAACAAAAGCUCGCAGAGCUUUGUCAACUUCGAAGGACUGGAUCAGUUUAAUCGGAACAUUGAGCAUGCCAAGAAACAGCUGAAGUCCUUUGAAGGGAAAGAAUCCAAGAACGACUCAGCGUUAGAUAUUGGAGAUCUGUUGGCCAUGGGAGAAGAUAAUAAGAAAGAAACGAGCAGCCAACCUAUGAAGUCUUCCAAAUCCAAGAGAAAGAAGGACGAUUCGGAUUCGGAUUGGGAGGAUGUCGAAGAAAAGGAGGAACCCCGAUCUCAACAGGAUGUUCAGAUAACCCUGGAUGUUAAUCCGGUUGCAGCACAAAAAAAGAAGCGGUGUAAUGAGUUCGAUAUCGAGGCAUGUAUCAAACGAGUGAUCAAUCGGGAAAAGCGUGAAAAUCAACUAGUACUCCAUAAGGUUAACAUCGUGAUGGCAAUUGCACACGGAAAUUACGUUAACACAGUCCUGAACGACUCUAAACUACUCGAGUUGGCUUUGUCCAUGAUUCCGUCGCAAAAGUGCUACCCAAAAGACAGAACCAAUCUGCAAUACUUCGAACAGAUCACCAAGUUCUUCAAGGAAAUAAUGGACCUCAAGGAGCGGCGGAUGUUCUGUCGUUUCAAGAAGCUACCCACUUUGCAGACUUCCUUGCGGCUGCAGAUGCUGACCAAGGCGGCCAUCUGCAAGCGAGACUACAUUCUGUUGUUCAUAAUUCUGCUGCGCGCCAUCGGAGUUCAGUGUCGCAUGGUCAUGUCGCUGGUGGUGGUGCCGAAGAAGCUACCCCAAGCCGAGCUCCAUCAAACUAAGUCGAAAACGAAACUCGAUGCACCGAAGGAUGAGACGGUCUCGUCGUCCAAGGUGUCCAAGGCUUCCAGUGCUAGAAAGGGUGGAAAGGUCGAAUCUUCGAAAGUUGAUCACGAUUAUGGCGAAGAAAAGAUAAAAAGAAAGCGUUGUUUUAAGGAGAAAGCAGCUAGCAAUGCCUUGGGGAAAAUACCUCAGCUUGAUGGCAAUGACGAUUCGACUGGUGUGCCGAGCAAGAAACCAAAAACGAAUGCUUCUCGGAAUGCAAGAAAUCAGACAUCUAACACUGGCUCGAAGGUCUCUAAUUCUAAGUUACAAGAAGUGAACAUGUUUUCACCACGAAAAACUCGAAAACAACGCCAGGGGCAAAAUAAAAGCAGCGCAAUCGGCGAGCCAUCUAAGCCAAAGACCUCGAAGCAAAAUGACAAUCCAUCUCCAGUUCCUGGUGCUUCUGCUUCUCCUUCGUCUAUUCUGAUUCGUAAAGAUUACAAGGAUAAAUCCGGGAAGAAAACAUCAAUUGAGGUAAAAACAGAAUCUACAACGAAGAGUAAAAUUGCGCCCAAGACCUUACCAAGUAACUCAAAAGCAAAUCAAGACGCCAAGCAAUCGAAAGCUGUAACAACUAAAGCAAUAAAAUCAUCACCAAAGCUUGAUAAAGCAAAAUCCAGUGCUGCUCCUAAACCAAGCCCUAAAAUACUCAAAGUUGAAAUAUUUGACAAGAAGCUCAAACAACGGCUGGACCGUCGAGUGUUGUCAACGGAUGACGAAGUCCGCCACGCUCCCGAUGACAACAAAACCAAGAUCAAAUCCGGCAUCAAUCUUUGGAUCGAGGUCUACGCCGAAGAGGAAGAACAAUGGGUCCCGAUCGACGCUGAGGCCGCCAAAGUGCACUGCCUGGAUCACAUUGUUAAGCAGGCUUCUUCCCCGUUGGUCUACAUCCUCGCCUGGAACAACGACGGCACUAUCAAGGACGUUUCCGCUCGCUAUUGUCCAAAUUAUGCCACAACCACCAAAAAGCUCCGCGUUGAGGAUGACUGGCUGGAGGAAACGCUGGCCAAGUUCAGGGGAAAACGUACGGCCCGGGACAUUGAGGAAGACCGUACCCUGAAUCAGGCUCUGAUGGAGCAACCGUUGCCCAAAACUAUCAGCGAGUACAAAAACCAUCCGCUUUACGCGUUGAAGCGCCACUUGCUCAAAUUCGAGGGAAUCUAUCCGCCCGAUGCCCCCACGCUGGGCUUCAUCAAGGACGAGCCAGUGUACGCAAGGGAGUGCGUUCAGACGCUUCAUUCGCGGGAAAUUUGGCUCAAGCAAGCCCGCACGGUCAAGCUGUUCGAAACGGCGUACAAGGUCGUCAACGCCCGGCCCAAAUACGAUCGGGCUUCCGGGCAAAUGCUGCCAGCGCAGCCUCUGGAGCUUUUCGGCUAUUGGCAAACCCAGGACUACGAACCGCCGACGGCCGAGGACGGAAUUGUGCCAAGGAAUGCGUACGGCAAUGUAGAACUCUUCAAACCUUGCAUGCUGCCGAAGAAAACCGUUCACUUGCAAUUGCCGAGUUUGAACCGCAUCUGCAAGAAGUUGGGCAUCGACUGUGCCCAGGCCGUGACAGGAUUCGAUUUCCACGGCGGAAGUAGCCAUCCGGUGUACGACGGGUUCGUGGUUUGCGAGGAGUACAAGGAUAUCGUGGUGGACGCCUGGUACCAGGAGCAGGAGCAGGAAGAGAAGCGAGAACGGGAAAAGUAUGAAAAGCGGGUGUAUGGUAAUUGGAAGAAGCUGAUCAAAGGUUUGCUAAUUCGCCGAAGGCUCCAGAACAAGUACAACUUCGAUAAUCUCUCUGGAUAGGUUUACGGUUCAUGUAUGUCAUCGAAAAUAAAAGCUGGUCUCGAUCUGAAUGGAA